AUGGAUCGUCUUCGUCGUUCUAAGCAGUCCUCCAGCGAGGAGUCCCCUGUUUCUGCAAGUUCCUCCUUUGUUGCCGAUAUGAACCUGACCAAUCACCUCUCCACUCUGUUGGACAGGGAGCACAAUGAUAUGGUCGUUCGAGAGCUGAAUCUUCUCGAUGCCACCAUUUCCCCGGAGAACAUCCUCCUGAAAGUGCUCACCCCAGAGUCGUUUACGAGUACCGCCUCCUCUUUCGCCCGUCUCCAGCAGAGCCAACAGCUCCUGAGCUCCGUCGGAUAUCGUGCCAUUGGCUUUGGCCAGUGUGGCCUUGUCUUUGAAAGGCCUGGCCGAGGGUAUGUUCUGAAAAUUGCCAAGACGUCAUAUGAAGACAGCCUUUGGGCCGAUUUCAAGGCCCAUUACAGUAUCAGCCAGGCUUUCCAAAAGCAUCAGAACUCUAGCCAACCAAUGGAAUGCCGCGUUCCACAGCUGUUCUCUUAUGUUACAAAGGAAAACGACCUGUGGUGGAACGAAAAUAAACUGUUUUUCAGCACUACGCAUGAAUCAGUGUCGUUCCCGGCAAUGACAUUGAUCUCUCAGCGGAUCCUCCCUUUACCAAAAAUUGCUCGUGAGGCCCUCAUCAACAAGUACUGCCCAGAACCAUCUCGAACCCUUGUGGCUGCCAAUCCGACUAAUCGUGACUGUCUUGCUCGGGUUUACCUCGGUCGCCGUCGAGUCACAACUACUCCAUCUGCAAACUUCACCCUGCGAAACUUCAAUUUACAUCUUGAUCAGAUGAUUGACCUCGGCCUUCCUAUCAACAAGAUGGCUGGUGCUAUGGGUGAAGCUUUAGCUCUCGUCCACUGGGCUGCCCAUGUUGACGGGUAUGAUAUUGAAUUUGUUUUAGGAAGUGAAGGCUAUACAACCUACGCACGGGAUGUUUCAUGUAUUUUGAAUAUGUCCCCAGAGCAGGUAGCAGCACUGUCUCCCCACACAGAUAUCGAGUCUGUGAUGUCCGUCAAUUUCAAGCAGCGUACGACCCGUUUAUGGAUGCUAGACUUCAACUUGUGCAAUAUCUGGGACGAAUCCGUCGCCCUGGCGAGCCCCGAGGCACUGGUAUCGCAUCUAGUGAUGUCCUUUUUCGAGAAUGACCCUUAUUACCCACUUCCAUUAAUGGAAGGUGACUUAGAACAAGAAAUUUGGGCAGUGUUCAUUACGCAAUAUCUCCUGAUGGCAACCAGUGUUUUGAAUGGAAAGGAUCCAAGGCUCGCAACUCUUCCUUUGAAAUUCGUUGAUGGCUGUAUUGAGAGGGAACGGGAGAGUAUCAGCAAGGGUCUUGGUCACGGCCACCGCGAUUUCAAGCAGUGA